AACUUUCAGCACUCGGCACCGCAGCAACAACGUCAGCAGCAGCAGCCAAGCAGCAGCGUCGCCGCCGUCGUCGUUGUCGUCGUCGUUGUCCAUGUUGUCGACGUUGUUCAAAUCCUAAAAUCGGGUGUGUGCGCGAGCAGAGCAUGUGAAAAUUUCACGACGUUGCGCAGAUACGUUGCGAAUUUAUUUAUAACAAAUUCACGAAAAUUAUGAAAAUCGUCGCUCGAAUGCAAUAUCAACAACAAGCACUCGCAGUAUGUGUGUAAAUAGGCAAAUGAUUAAAUUAGUAGCAACAAGAAGAAAAAAUUAAAAAAAAAAAAGAAAAGAAAUAUAACAAAUACAAAAAAUUUAUUGUGUGAGUGCAUUAAACAACAAGAGCAACUAAGUAUAUAAAUAUGCAAGUGCAAGAGCCAAAAAAGCAGCCACUGCUGCAUGGCGUCUUUUAAGUGGCGACAAAGCAAUUUGUUGUUGCUGUUGCAACAAAAGUGUUAACAACAACAACAACAGCAACAAACAUAAACAAGUGAAACAGUACAGAUGUUGUGAAUAUGUUGCAGUGCAAUGCUGUUGCAUUUGAGCAGCCCAGUGAAAACAACAACAACAACUACAACAACCACAACUAUAACAAGAGCAGCAAAAGCAACACUUCGACAUCAUUUACAGCAGCAACCACAAUUGAAACAACAUCCAAUUCUGAGCGCAACAACAAGUGUUUAAGCCAAAAGAGUUCGGCAUGAAAUGGAAGCAGCUAUACGCUCCUCUUCAGUGCAGGUCGGUGCUCCGCCGCCCACAAACAACGCCACAAACGGUGGACAACAGCAGCAACAGCAGCAGCAGCAGCAGCAGCAGCAGCAGCAGCAACAACAACAGCAACAACAACAUCAGCAGCAGCAACAUUCGCAGCUUCAACUACAGCAACAGUUUCAUCUUCAUCACCAGCAACAACAACAACAACAUCAGCAGCAGCAGCAGUUGCAGCAACGUGUUGCCAGCAAUCAACAGCAGCAACAGCAGCACAACGCGGCUGCAACAAAUGCUGCGUCGCAUCAAGUGCAUGAUAAUGGACCAACGUCCCAUCAUCUACACCAGCAACAGCAGCAGCAACAUCCUCAAACAACAGCGCCUAAUCAGCAGCAAAACAAAGCAGCACAGCAGCAGCAACAACAAAAACAACAACAACAGCAACAACAGCAGGCUGCGAAUAUGUCUGCGUAUCAACAACGGCUGUCAGCUGCCAGUGCAUCGCCGAUUCAUAGGACACUCGAGCAGCAGACGCAGCAGUAUGCCAAGAGCCUCGGACACCUGCAACCGCAUCAGCAGCAGCAGCAGCAACAGCAGCAGCAACAACAGCAGCAGCAGCAACAGCAACAGCAACAAAUGCAUCACCACCACCAUCAUCCGCAACAUCCGCCGCCGCAGCAACAGCAACAACAGCAACAGCAGCAGCAACAGAUGUCACAGCAACAGUUGCCACAACCGCCGCCAGCACCGCAAAAGCCACAACCGAUGGUCCGCAGUGUGGCCGAUGCUUCGGGUGCCGCAUUGACUAUAACGCCAACACGGAUGAGCGCCAAGGCGGCGGCCAACGACAACGAGCGUCUGAUGCCGCCAGCGUGUCAGGCGCCCAAGAAGCAAAAGACGAGCGAGGAAUACGAUUCGUCGGCCACGGAGACGGCGGACGAGGAGAACGAGAACUCGCCGGCGAAUCGGCAAAGUCCCAAGGUGAUCUUCAAUGCGGUUUCGCAUGCGCAUCCACACGCUGGUGUCCAUGGACACGGACAUGGUCAUGCACAUGGCAACAAUGUGGCCGGUCUGCAGCCACCGAAUGCGGCAGCAGCAGCACAAGCUGUUGCACUAACCGGACAACAGCAACAGCAGCAACCGAACGGACCGUCGAGCAUGCGACGGGAGGCGGUGAACAAUGUGCAGGAUUGUGUCUACUCGGUGAUCGAGCGACAGUUGAAGCAACAGCAGAAGGGUCCACAGCUGCCUGGUAACAAUCAGCAACAAGGUGGCAAGCAGCAGCAACAGCAACAGCAACAACCACAGCAGCAGCAGCAACACAACAAUAUGGAACGCAAGGAACUGACAAUUGUGCGUGAGUAUCGCCAGGAUGGCAACGCUUUGAUCAAGCAGCAACAGCAACAACCUCCGCCUGGACUGCCGCAUGGCACCUCAGUGCAGAAGCUCAGCUCACGCGCUGUGGUACCGCAGCAACAGAUGCCGCCGACGUCGCUGAACAGCAGCAGCAGCAGCCACAGUCACACACAUGCGCACAGUCACGCGCACGGCGGUCACAGCAACAGCAACAGCAGCAAUGCGAGCAGCAGCAGCGGCGGCAACAACAACAACAGCGCCAGCAACAACAAUGGCGACAAUUUGGCCACGCUAAUUCCGACUGUGGUCAACUCACACUUGGCCAUUGCUGCCGCACAUCAUGUGCACAUGUCGCACCCGGCAUUGUUGCAGCAGCAACAGCAGCAACAACAACAGCAGCAGCAGCAGCAACAACAGUCGAGCGGCGGAGUGGAUAAGGCAACCAUAACGCCAGUGCUGAAGAAGAGCUCCGUGACGCCGACGCCACCCGAAACAAUCAUCUACAAUGUGUCCGGCAGUCAUGUGACACCACAGCAGCAGCAGCAACAACAGCAGCAGCAACAGUCGGCGCCACCGGCAACACACGCGGUACACGGUCCGCCGCCAUCGCAACGUUUGCCGCCCGCUCCCGAGGAGCCGCAGACACUUGAUCUGAGCAUCAAGAAGCCGCCACGUGACGGACAUUCGCCCCAUACCGGACCAGCAGCUGCAGCUGCGGCGGCAGCCGAACGUCAUCACGGUCCGCCAGCAUCGAUGGGCGGUGCCAUCAAGCAUAUUCCACGCUCGGCACCGAUGUAUCGCGGUGAUGCGGUGCAAACGUUGUCCGUGUCGGGACCACCGCCCGCGUCCACGUAUCUCUCGUAUCCGCAGAUGCAUGGCGUCGGUGUUGGCGUCGUGAAGCCAUCGCCAGUGGGCGCUGGCGGUGGUGUACCGCCUGGCUCGUUGUAUGUCCAACCCGUACCUGUACCCCUUGGCCAGGGUCAAUUGACGCGACCCGCGCAACCGCCGCCGGCUCUACCGCAACCGCCAGCGACGCGCGUCUCUAAGUUGCCGCCCAAACUCAGUCCACAGCAGCAGCAGCAGCAACAACAGCAUCUGCCAUCGCCACAGCAGCAGCAGCAGCAACAACAGCAGCAACAGCAAUCGCCGGCAUCGGCAUCGCAGCAUCAGCAGCUGCAGGUGGUCAAGGUGGGUUCGAUAACGCACGGAACGCCCGCGAACAGCGGACAACAGCAGAUCAUUGUGCAUGCGGCGCCCUCGUCGCUGCUCAGUCCCAAAUACGAGAGCCUGGUGCGUCAGACGCCGCCGGGCAGUUGUCCGGAUACGGGCAAACACGGCUCAAUCACGCAGGGCACACCGCUGCACCUGCCGCCGCAUCAUCUGGAGAGCAAACGUCCCUACGAUUUCUACAAGAGCUCACAGCGCCUCAGUCCCGCACAGGCACCGCCACCGCAGCAAUCAUCGCCACAGGCUCAACCGCCCCAAGGUUAUGGCGUUGCCGUUGGCUCGCCCUAUUCCCGUUCGCCCUAUGGCGGUGUUGUUGAGCAGCCAUUGGUGUUGAGUUCACGUCAGAUUGUCAUCAACGAUUUCAUGACCUCACAACAGAUGCAGGGCCAGCAGCAACGCAAUGUCUCGCGCGGCAGCAGCAGCGCUGGCGGCGGCGCUGGCUCCGGUUCCGACAAGGAGUCUCCAUCGCCCAGGAACAGUGUUAGCGGCGGUUCGGCCGUUUAUGCCGGCUAUGAGAAGGAGCCACAGCCACGCGGACGUGCCGAGUACUCCAGUCGUGCCUCGCCAGCCGAUCAUUCCAACAGCACACCGAGUCCACAUCGCACACCGCCACCGCAGCGUCAGGGCGUCAUUCAGCGGCACAAUACCGGCUCGAAGCCACCGUCACCUGCAGCACCGCCACCACCUCGUAUGUGUCUGGUCACGCCCUACAACUACUCACCAGCUGGUCACGAUGCGUUGGCCUCGUUUGUGGACGUGGCUGUGCAGCAACCGCAGUUGCCGGUGCCAUCGCAGAAGGAUGAGAAAUCGGCAGCGUCGCAGUCGACGCCACAACCGCAACCGCCGCCGCCAACACAUGUGCAGGUGUCACAGGCACCGCCGCCACCGGCAGCACAUCAUGAUCUACGCUAUCGCGAUCCCAUUGCGGCCAUACACCAUCAGCAGAUGGCGGCCGCGGUGCAUCAACAGUAUGGGGCGCAAUACUAUCGCCUGAAUGCGCUGCAUCAAAUCGAGCAGGCGAAACGCGAUCAGCGACAGCAACAGCAGAAUCUGGAACGUGACCGGGAGCUAAUACAGAAUCAGGAGCGCAUGCAGCAUCGCAUCGAACGGCAGCGCGAACAGGAGCGACAGCGACGCGAUCAAGAGAGACGCGAACAGGAGCGUGCCGCCGAUGACAGUCGACGCAUGGAUCGUGAUCGCAUGGAUCGCAUCAUUGCAAACGCUGUGCCGCCUCCAGGGCAUGCACAUGCCUUGGCCCACGGUCAUGGGCACUACAUGCGUGGCCCAGUGCCAGAGACUUUGCCUCCACGCACCAUUCCCGAUCGGGAGCGUGACGCUUACUAUCGUCAGGCACAUGCGCCAAAGCCAUCGGAGGAUGGACAACUGAGCGCACAGAGUCUCAUUGAUGCGAUCAUCAAGCACGAGAUAAGACGCACCGGUGAAAUAGGCAGUCUGCCCCGUGAGAUAACACGUCCCUCCUACUAUCAACGCGAUAUGCGACCAUCGCUGGAGGGCGGCGUCUCGCUGCUGACCGCCGAGAACAAUGGCAAACCGAACUCCAGUUCGCCCAAUGUGAUUAACAUUGAUCUCGAUCAGGAGCAGCGCAUCUCAUCGAAUCCCCAGCAGCAACAAGCACAGUCUGGCGGUGCUCCGCCAGCGGGAUCAAGUCGCUCCGUGCACGGUUCGUUGCGUGGCCAAGGCACGCCCACAUCGCAGGCAAGCGGCGGCGGCGGUCCAUCGCCAUCGCAGCAGCCACCGCAACAGCAGCAGCAACCACAACAGCAGCAGCAACAGCAACAGAUCCACACGAAGAGCAUCACAUUGCGUGAGGUGACCGACUCGAUAAUCACCAACAACUAUGGGCCAAAUCCGCAUAUACGUCCCGCCUUUAUACCCUAUCUGCCGGAUGCCCAGGCGAUCAUAACGCCCGAUCGCUGGAAGCAGAAUCGCCGACAGCAGCAGAAGGCCGAAGAGGCAGCAGCAGCUGCCGCGGCAGCCGAGCGGGCCAAGCAAUCGCCCAUCCAGGUCUCGGACAGCGGACGUGGAGGCGGCAGCAGCGGAGGCGGUGGCGGCGCCAGCAGCAGCGGCAACAACGUCGGACCGCCGAGUGUGGGACGUGCGAACACGCCUGGCGAGGAUGCACGCAACAUCAUCCGCAUGCCACAGGCGGUGAGUCCCCGCAAAUACGAGAUGAUCAUGCAACAGGCGGCAGCUGCCGUUGGCGUCGGCGUCGGCGUUGAUCCCGGCCACUAUUUUCUCAACGCCCCUGGCACUGUUGUCGGUCGCAGUCCGGCACCGGUGGGCGUUGGUCCGCCACCGCCCAGCUCGAGUGAACAGCGUGGCGGCGGCAGCGGUGGCUCGGCUGCUAGCAGCGCUGGCAGUGCUGGUGGCGGCGGCAGCGGUGGCGGUGGCUCAAGUGGAGGCGGAGGCGGUGGCGGCGGCGGCGGCGGUUCGGGAUCCAAUUUCGAUAUCUAUGUGAAGAAUCGCAUUGCGGAGGUGAUGCGCGAUGACUAUGGCAAGAAUCGCAUUGUGGACGCCUCAAUGCGUCCCGAGUUCGAGGAGCAUAUGCAUGCCCAGGCGGCGCAUGCUGCCCACGUUCAUGCCGCCGCCGUUGCCGCCGAGCAGCACAACGAGCAGCAGCAGCAGCAGCUGCGUGCCAAGGAGCAAGCGGGUCCACCGCCCACCCAUGAGAUUAGCGUGUCCCGCAAGACCCCGAAUCAAUACGAGGUCGUCGACAGCGGUCGACGCUCCGCUAGCAGCAGCAGCGGUGGCGGCGGCGGUGGCGUCGGCGUUGGCAGCUCGAACAGCCAUCAUGCCUCGGCGUAUCAUGCAGCGCCGCCGCCAUCGGCGGUCAAUGCGUUUGCGGCCAGCACCUAUGCGUAUCCCUACAGCGCCCUGACGGUGCCAAGUGCCGCCGGCGGUUUGCCGCCGCCAACCAUGCCGAUGUCCCUGCAAUCGGGUCCCUCGAGCCAUGUGAGCGCCAAGGCGGCCCAUGUGCUCAGCAAGGUGAAUGCAGCCGCUGCGGCUGCAGCUGGUCUCGUUGUUGGCUCUGCCCCUGGCGCUGGCGGCGGCGUUGGCGGCGUCGGCGGUGUCGGUGUCGGCGGCGGACUUGGCGCCUCGGUUGUUGGCGGCUGUGGUGGACAGCACAAUGCCAGCCUCUCGGCUGCGGUGGCGGCUGUGGCGGCGGCAGCAGCGGCGGCCAGUGAGCCGAAGCCACUGCUGUCAUCGAAGUAUGAUGCGCUUAGCGACGAGGAUUAG